CCUCCUGCUAUUACUCAGGCCGAAGACACCCCGAGCCUUCUGCAGCAUCCUCUUGAUGCUGACGUGGAUCCACGCAUCGCGAGCCUGCACGCAAUGUUCCCAGAUUUAGACGACUCUCUACUAUCAUCUGUACUCCAAAGUGUCAACGGUGACCAGGAUAUGGCAAUUGACACACUGUUGGGGAUGAGCGAUCCUGAUUAUAUCUCCCAACCAACACCACCACCGGAACAACGUAAACCUACUCAGACUAAUCUAGACGAACAACUCACUCGACAUCUUAUACUCGAGGAAGAGCAAGGUGCACAGAAUCAGUGGCGCCCUCCGCAGCAGGGACAAGGGCCCCAAUCCUAUCAGUCGAGGUGGUCUGCUAGUCGCGACCGGGGAGGUGGAAAUGAAACCGGAAGGUAUGACAGUAUGGCGCAGGCGGUUGCUCCACCGCAACGGGACACUAUGGCAGAAUUUCAAGAUGGUUUCAACAAGAUAGCAGAAAUUGGCAAGAAGACAUUCUCUUCAAUUGUUUCAAAAGUCAAGGCGAAGAUACAGGAAUACGAUCAGGGCCAGGGAGCCUCCAGACAAGAUACACAACCUACGUGGGGUCAGACAUCUCAACCCUCAUGGGGUGGUGUACAACCCACGCAGCACCAGGAAUCCUACUAUGACCCCAAUACACCGGGCGAAAGCGGGAUUCGUGGAAGCGGGUGGCAAUCUCCUCCCCGUCCUGGUGGAGGCAACUCAAAUCCAAGGACGAACUCCGUUCCUACUCUCGCUCCAAGCGCGACAUACGCUCCUCCAAACUUCGUCACUCAGACUGUACCGAACUCUGCGUCCGUUGCAAGCAAUAGCCCAACCUAUGCAGGGUCAUCGACGUAUUCCCCGCCGAACACAGGCAUGGGCACGUCCCCUCCUCCCGAACUUGUUCGGCGGUCGGGUGACACCCCAAGGCCGCCGUCCACGGGCGUUGGUACCCCGAGUGGCAUAGAUGCCAGUCAGUCAUGCUCUUCCCUCCCGCUGUUUCACGCCUAAGCUUACUGGUUCGGGCAGGGAGGGGCGGGGGGCACUCUCUCGCACUUGGCGUGGGGAAAAAAUGAUCCAAAAAUAUU